AUGGAUCAUACUAGAUCUCCAUUCAAACUGAAGAAUGCUGUGUCCGCUUAGAUGCCCCAGUACCUUGUAUCGAAUCCAAACACACUCAUUAGGAAUGAACUAAACUAGCUUGAUUUGUCUAAGAAUGUGAACUUUGCUAAGAACCAGCCGAUUUAUAAGCCAAUGGUAAAAAUUAACACAAAUCAAAAGUUUGGCUACUCCAAGGAUACUCCAUUCAACAGUCAAUAUAUCCAAUACAACUCAAAUACCAAGGCUAUUUUCAACUAGGAACAAAGAAUACUUGACUAAGGGUAGCAUCAAUACUUUCAAACACGUUCCUUAACAGAAACAUAACUGAGUAAAGUCAAUGGAAUUAAAAUUUUUGACAAAUUAAGUGCAAACUGCUCAGCAGUCGAAAAUCAGAAAAAAGUAAUGCUGCUCUAUAAUAAAGAUGCUUAAAAAAACAUAAGGGAAAAUCAAGCCCUAUACUUAGAUAAACUUGCAAAGUAGAAAUAGAGUUAAGCUUAUCAAAAAUAAAACUUGCUGACGUAGAAUCUUAACAGUCCUUCGAGUAAUAAGUUAUUUAAUCCAGCAGACUUUACACCAUCUUUGAACACUGCCUAGAUGCUAAAUGUAUCAAAACAAAUGGACUCUGACAUUUAAUCUUAGAUUAAUAGUAUUGCUCGAACCAAUAAAAGCCUCAAAAAGGUUGAUAAGGAACUGCUAAAUUUCUAUUGGAAUGUAAACACCUAGCGAGACAAUCUGUCCUCUUCUCUUAUCAAUCAUAUUCAUGAAGAGAAGUAUUCACAAAGUCUAGUUAAUCCCUAUACUAUGAGUGAGAACUUCUCUACUGCAAAGAAACCUUAGCUGAAUAGUUUUAUUCAGUCUAAUGCAGUUAUUAGGAAUAUAGAACUGGAGAGAUAAAACACUAAUUCUACUAAUUAGAACAAUAUCAACUUUAAUGAUGAGCAUCUUAUGACUAGUAAUUUUGGCUUGAAAGAAGUCGAAAGUAAUCCUUAUUAAUUCAACAAUAAAAGAGCUUAAUCUGCUUACUCAUCACAUAGAAAGCCAAUUUAGGCAUCAAGGCUAAAUAAUUACAGUUCAAAUGGAACAAAUUACUAGGAAUAUUAAACAACAGCCCCUGCUAAGUCAGCUUCACAAAAGCAUCGAGCAUACACUCCUUAGCGAGUUUAAUCUAGUAAUGGCAGAAACAAAAAUCUUUAAGCUCCUAAUAUGGACAAGGUAAUGAAUGAAAUCUGCUAUGUUGCCUCUCUUGGCAAGUAUGCUCAUUAAAAUGAUAUGAGACCUGAUGCAAAAGUACUGAUGCUUCACUCUUACGACCAUCAUCGAAACUAAUAAAUAGCGGAGGAGCAGCAGAAGCUUUCUUAGAACUUUGGCAUCAAUUAAAUGCAAUAGAUCAUUAAUACUAGCAGGGCUACAUCUCCAACCAAGCUGGAGAGAAAUGAAUCAAAUUAAAAAUCCUCUCAAUCCAUAAUCAAAAAAGGAGAGUAUAAUCUGGCUAAGAUAAACAACGGUCAAUAAUCUUAACAAUAAAUUAUCAAUAAGAAGUUAGCUCCAAUCACUACUCCACCCACACCUAUGAAUAACUCAUCUUUACUUAAACAAAAUAGCAGACCCAGAUCAUAAUAUGUGAACCGAAACACUUCUAGAAUAAUCCAAUCAGAGUAAAAGAGUCAGCAAAAUAACACUUAAAAGGAUUUCAAAAAAAAAUCUGAAUUCCCAGGAGGGUAGCCAGAAUCUCAUUAUUUCUCUCACCAAUAGUAGAGAAAAAGCAAGGUUGGCUCAGCAAAUAUUUCAAAGACUGAUGAGUACUUUAAUGCCAAAGAUAAUAACCCCUUCAACGAACUUAAUGAUGAACAAAGGUCUUAACUCACAUUAUCAGACAAAAUCCAAAUCCUUAAUAAAGGUACUCCAUCUAAAUCUAGAACAAACAUUAUUGCAUAAUGA